AGAACAGGCUAUUAUCUACUUGACUACCAUUUUAUCCGCAUUGUUAGCUCUUAAUGCCAGCAUGCAAGUUCAGCUCAACGUUCAAAAUUAUGCUGCAACUUGGCACACACCACCAACACAUGGAGCAACUAUAAAUUCUCCACAAGGCCAGAGUUAUAUUUGAUCUCAAACAAAUUCCCACGACAACUCAGUCUGAAUUAAUCAAAUCACUAGAUUGAAUAUAGCAGCGAUGGCUUCAUCAGUAGUUGGGAACAAGCUGAUGUUAAUGGCGGUGUUGCUGCUGGCGAUCUAUGCCUGUGGAGUCCUCUCUGCAAGAUCGUCGCUGCCUCCUCGGGUUAGUAGAAGCAUCGAAGAAAGGUUUGAAGCGUGGAGUGCUGAGCAUGGACGGUUUUACGAGGUUGCAGGAGAGAAGGCAAGGCGCUUCAGCAUCUUCAAGAAGAAUGUGGCCUUCAUUAACCACUCCAACAAGUUUGGGAACAAGACUUACAAGCUAGCCAUCAAUCAAUAUGCUGACUUGACCAACAAGGAAUUCAGGGCUGCAAAAACUGGAUUCAAGAAACCAGCGAAUCUCAUCAACCCUGGAUCUUCCUCAUUCAGAUAUGAGAAUGCGAGCUCAGUGCCAGACACCAUGGAUUGGAGAACCAAAGGAGCUGUGAAUCCAAUCAAAGAUCAAGGUCAAUGUGGAGGGUGCUGGGCUUUCUCUGCAGUGGCAGCAGUGGAAGGAAUCACAAAGAUCUCAACCGGAAAGUUGGUAUCUCUGUCGGAGCAAGAAUUGAUUGAUUGUGACACAUCCGGUAACGACCAAGGCUGCAACGGAGGACUAAUGGAUGGUGCUUUUCAGUUUGUAAAGGCCAAGGGACUCACCACCGAAUCCAAUUACCCUUACACAGCCGCGGAUGGAACUUGCAGCACAACCAAGACAACCUCUCCUGCGACCAAGAUCAAUGGGUAUGAAGAUGUGCCUGCCAAUGACGAGCAGGCAUUGCUGAAGGCCGCUGCAAACCAACCUAUCUCUGUCGCAAUUGACGCCAGUAGCUCUGCCUUCCAGUUCUACUCGAGUGGUGUGUUCACUGGAGACUGUGGAACGAACUUGGAUCAUGGUGUAGCUGUUGUAGGGUAUGGUACAAGUGAUGAUGGUGCCAAGUACUGGCUGGUGAGGAAUUCAUGGGGGGCUAGUUGGGGAGAUCAAGGAUAUAUCAAAAUGCAACGUGACGUUGGUGCCAAAGGUGGUCUUUGUGGCAUUGCUAUGUCAGCUUCCUAUCCUACCGCAUAAAGCACAGGAAGAAAGCUAGCUGAAGAAUUUGCAUCGGUCCAAACUAAAAAUUGUUAUAUAGAUUUCUAUGUACUAUUACCUUCUUAUUAAAUU